AUUGGAGGGACAGAGAAACCCUUACCAAAAUGUUCAAGUUUGUCACGAAUUGGUUGAAAUCCCCCGACGCUGCAGACAAUGACGUUAAUCUCCUCCUCUUGGGCGAAACAGGAGUCGGAAAGUCAACUCUGGUCAACGCCAUUUCGAACUACUUCAAUUAUGCCAGUUUCAAAGAAGCGCAAAAACGGGACAUCGACAUACUAAUCCCCAUGUAUUUAAACGUAGCCGAAAGCAGCAGAGUUUUUGGCACAGCAGACGAGAACGAAGUCCACGACCAAGGCAAAUCUGCAACUCAGCACGUCAAAGUCUACAUAUUCCCGAUUAAAAUGGACAACAAGACCUUCAACCUGAGACUGAUCGACACACCAGGAGUGGGAGAUCCCAGAGGAAUGGAACAAGAUAACAUCAAUCUGGACAACGUCCUUGCGUACUUGGCCACGCUGAAGAAACUCCACGGGAUUUGUUUCGUUCUGAAGUCCAAUCAGACGCGGUUCACCAAGUUCGCGGAGUACUGUCUUAAGCAGAUAUUAACACGCCUGGACAAGAGUGCCAGUCAGAACAUCAUUUUCAUUACGACUUAUAGUAAAACGGCGGGUUAUACAGCUGGGGAGACGAAGAGUCACUGUUUGGCGCCACUGGUUAAAGACAUCAUGUCGAGACCCCCACAUGCUAAUAUUCCUUUGAGCGACAACAACGUCUUCUGUUUGGACAACGAAGCAUUCAAAGCCUUGUUGGCCAGUCAAGAUGGAAAACGAUACACCAAACGCGAAGUCAAAGGUUUCGAGACGAGCUGGCAGGUGUCGUCGAACGAAAUUCAGCGAUUAUUGAGGUACCUUAUUGGAGAUACGUCUAGUCCAGGUUUGAAACCCCACGACGUCGAAAACACAAUCAGUAUCAACGAAGUCCGGUUUCACAUUGAACAACUCACGACUCCCAUUGCGGAAGUGUCGGAACUCAUCCAAGACAACAUCAGGGUACUCGACGCUCAUAAAAAAAAAAUGCAACAGGAUGACCAAACUCUCGAAGAACUCAAACAGCAAAUGCACAUACCUUGCGUUAAUCUUGAAGUCAAGGAACUAACUCAACCGGUAACGGUUUGCACGGACCCUAAAUGUGCAGACAUCGUGAAGGUCAACAACGUGACCCAGUGGCACUACAAGCAACGAUGCCACAAUCCCUGUUACUUGACCGGGGUUCCUAAAGAAAUGAUCGGCGAUCCCAAACUGAUGUAUUGUACGGCCAUGGCAGGCAGACCCAAUUGUCAACGAUGCGAAUGCCCCUGGAAAGCCCACAUGCAUAUCUACAAAGAAACCACCAAAGUUUCAGUCCGCAAAGAAGACCAGAACGUGUUAGGCGUCAUCAAAAACAAACAAGACGCUCGAUUCCAUAUGCAUCAACUAAUCGAAGAUUUAAACACGCGGAGGCGAGAACUGGAAAAAGAGGGCGAAACCAUUUCGAGGAUCGUCGCCAAGUUUUCGUGGUUCUUGCAGGAACACGCGCUGACGCCCUUCAAUGACGCCUACGGUGAAUACAUUGAGCAACUUAUCAAAAAUGAAAAAUACCUAGGAAGGUUCGCCGAUCGAGAGGUCAUAGAGAAACUCGAGAACCUCCUCAACCAAUACUAUAAUUUACAAGCAACCUUCCACGAGAGCGCUAAGAAUGCCCAAGGACAACCUCCCGGCGAUUUAUCCCUUAAAGGAAUCCAGAAAAGUAUUGCGCAACUCUACAAAUUGAAACACAUGGGGAAAACCAUACAAGAACUGAUACAAAAAUCCAACGCUUGUCGCAACAAAGAAACGCAAAAAAAUUUCGGUUGCGUUACGUUGCGAGAAGUAGUCGAUUUGGAUAAGACAGCAGCUGAACGAGAACGAUGUGAAUUGACAGAGAGCGAAGACGACGAACAACCACGCCAGACCAAAGCGUCUGAAGAAGAACAUGAAGUGGACGUAGACUGGGGCAAAGAAAGCUACGUUUCGUACGAACCUAAGAGUGCAGUAAUAUACAAGUAUAACGGUAGCGACCGAGAAGACGACAGACCAAUGGAACUUUUUUCAAAUUAUGAUCAUUCCACAUCUAGACAAUCGUCAAAGCCGAGAACCUUCAUAGAUGAUGACGGAUUUAAUUCUAGACAACACUCAAGACGAAGAUCUCCAGACAGACGUUACGACCAACCACGAGAUACCUCCACCCAAAGAGACAAUUUCAGAUAUCGAACCCAAUAUUCUAGGGAUUCAGAUGACUACGAGCCUGUAAAAUCACACAGAAAUGAAGCAAUGGCAAAAUACGACCGACGCAAUGAUGCUCAACAACGCCACGUAGAAAAAGAAGAAAGAUCGUCAACCAGACGUAAAAACCACUUUCCCGUGGCAAAAUACGACCGACGCAAUUAUGCUCAUCAACGCCACGUAGAAAAAGAAGAAAGAUCGUCAACCAGACGUAAAAACCACUUUCCCGAAAAUAAUUCUUCAGAAGAAUACUACAACACAUCAGCCAGCAAGCACAACAAAGUGGAAUACUCGCCUAGAAGACAACCCCAUAGAAGCGACGAUUUUAGAAACUCGUCUAGAAGAGAAUACACUGAGAGAAGCAGACAUUCCAGGGACGAUUUUGAAAAUCAUGAUUCAGAUAGUGGUCAUUCCGCUAGACGGUUUGAAACAAGAAAUAGCAUUAAACGAUCUAAAAGCCCCAGAGAGUCUACUAAGUCGUAUAAACGCGUUGAUUCAGAUGACGAUCGUUAUACGAAGUCAAAUCGUCGACCAAGACAUGUCGAAGAAUACUACGAUAAAAGAAGUGAAAAAAAAUCAAGACUCAAAACUCACGAUAAAAGUAAAGAUUCCCCUAGGCGUCACCGCCGCAGAAGCGAAAGUUAUGAUUCAGAUGACCGGGAUACUAAAAAAUCGUCCCGAAGUAACCAUUCUAACCAUCAAGAAAAGUCGGGUAAACGUCAAAGAGACAAAUCUAAUAAAAACUACGAUUUAGAGAAUGAUCGUCACACUGGUCGCCGUGGCCACAAAAUUCGCGCUCCGGUUGAUAAUUCUUCUAGAUUUUCCAGAAGCGGACACGCCGAGUCCAAACUACGACAAAAAUCUAUCCCUAUUGAUAAACGUCACAAAGAGCCUAAGAGGAAACCUCACUCUGAUGACGACCGUUAUGAUUCCGAUGUCGAACUUUCGGCCAGAUUUUCUAGUUGUGAAGUUCGAGACAGGAAAUAUAAAAACCAAAGGGAAUCAAAAUCUACUUCAUGGCGGGACCCAAAAGAGCGCGAAGAAUAUUUUCGGACAAGUUCCAGUGCAAGUUCUGAUUCAUCUGAAGAACUGAGUCUAACUGAUCAGGAAAGCUAUACAGAUUCUGAUUGAAAGCGAGGGAUGAUUUUUAAACUGUCAGUUAUUCAGAUCGUAAGCUUAACAUGUGCUUUGUAAUGAUACGUAGAUUUGUUUUAAAUUUUAAUAUACACUUGAGCUUU